AUGUUUUUGGACCUGAAGAGGAUUGUGCUGAAAUGGCUUCUGCUGGAGCUGUUGCUGCUGCUUUCUGGCAUUUGGGAUGCUGGAGCUGACGAUUCGUUAAGACAGCAGGCUCUCAACCUCAUGGUGGAAGUCCCCUUAAUUGAUGGGCACAAUGAUCUGCCACUGAAGCUGAGAUGGUUUUACAAAAACCAGCUGAGUAAAAUUGAUUUAAGGACCCUCAGCACCACAUCCACAAACAUUGAGAAGCUCCAGGCUGGUCAUGUGGGUGCCCAGUUUUGGUCAGUGUAUGUUCUGUGCAGCGCUCAGAAGAAAGAUGUCGUGCGCCUCACUCUGGAGCAGAUUGAUGUUGUCAAACGGAUGUGUGAAAGCUAUGAUGAACUGGAACUGGUGACAUCUUCUGAAGCUUUAACUGACAGCAAAAAGAUAGCAUGCUUGAUUGGCAUCGAAGGGGGGCACUCCAUUGACAGCAGCCUCGCGACCUUGAGGAUGUUUUACAAGCUGGGCGUUCGGUACAUGACGCUGACCCAUAACUGCAACACUCCCUGGGCUGAGACAUCAUCAAAGCAAUCACAAGACUAUCCUAACACUAAUGGCUUGACUGAUUUUGGCAAAGAAGUGGUGAAGGAGAUGAAUCGUCUUGGGAUGCUAAUAGAUUUAUCUCACACAUCUGACGCAACGGCAGAAGCUGCCCUCCGCGCCUCUCGCGCACCAGUCAUUUUCAGCCAUUCUUCAGCCUUCUCCAUUUGCAACAACCCAAGGAACGUCCCUGAUCAUAUUUUGCAGCUCCUGAAAGCAAACAACGGAAUUGUGAUGGUGACCUUCCAUGCCAAGAUAGUGGGCUGUGACAAUGAUGCAGUUGGCAUUUCGACCGUAGCAGAUCAUUUUGACCACAUCAAGACAACGAUAGGCUCAGAAUAUAUCGGAAUUGGUGGUGACUACGAUGGAGUGACCAAGUACCCUGAAGGGCUGGAAGAUGUUUCCAAAUAUCCAGCCUUGAUCGAGGAGCUGUUAAAGAGAGGUUGGGGUGAGGAGGAACUGGCGGGCGUUUUGAGACAGAACUUCCUUCGUGUUUUCCGGGAGGUGGAAAAAGUGCGUGAUGAGAGUGCUUCCAUGACAGCCGGAGAAGAGGAAAUUUCCCCAGAUGACGUACAACACGACUGCCGUUUAGAGUUGAAGCCUCCUCCUGGUUAA